AUGACGGUCGCCACGGGCGAUCCGUCCGACGAGGCGGCGGCGCACCCGGGACACCCGCUGGACUACGACCCGGAGGCGGACCACGAGUGCUGCGAGAGGGUGGUCAUCAACAUCUCCGGGCUGCGCUUCGAGACCCAACUAAAGACCCUCUCGCAGUUCCCUGAGACACUACUUGGAGACCCCAAAAAGAGGAUGCGCUACUUUGACCCACUGCGGAACGAGUACUUUUUCGAUAGGAACAGACCAAGCUUCGACGCCAUUUUGUACUACUACCAGUCAGGUGGGCGAUUGAGAAGACCGGUGAAUGUCACGCUGGACAUCUUUUCCGAGGAAAUCCGCUUCUACGAGCUAGGAGACGAGGCCAUCGAGAUUUUCCGCGAGGAUGAGGGCUUCAUCAAGGAGGAGGAGCGCCCUCUCCCCGACAACGAGUUUCAGAGACAAGUCUGGCUUCUCUUUGAGUACCCGGAGAGUUCGGGUCCGGCCCGGAUUAUCGCUAUCAUCUCCGUCAUGGUCAUCCUCAUCUCCAUCGUCAGUUUCUGCCUGGAGACCCUCCCCAUCUUCCGCAACGAGGAAGACGGCAUGCACAAGUCACACUCUGAGAUCUUUUCCCCAGAGACCAACACCACGGUCAUCAGGUACACCUCCACCUACUUCACCGACCCCUUCUUCAUACUGGAGACUCUCUGCAUCAUCUGGUUCUCCUUCGAGUUCCUAGUGCGCUUCUUCGCCUGCCCUAGCAAAGCGGGCUUUUUCGGUAACCUCAUGAACAUCAUCGACAUCGUGGCCAUCAUCCCGUAUUUCAUCACGCUCGGCACCGAGCUGGCAGACAGCCCUGACGACGGUCAAGCCGGACAGCAGGCCAUGUCUUUAGCCAUCCUCAGGGUGAUCCGACUGGUGCGAGUGUUCCGAAUUUUCAAGCUCUCGCGUCACUCCAAGGGGCUCCAGAUCCUGGGCCAGACCCUCAAGGCUAGCAUGAGAGAGCUAGGACUGCUCAUCUUCUUCCUCUUCAUCGGGGUCAUUCUCUUCUCUAGCGCCGUCUACUUCGCCGAAGCCGACGAACGACAGUCCCAGUUCGAGAGCAUACCUGACGCCUUCUGGUGGGCUGUGGUGUCCAUGACCACGGUGGGCUAUGGUGACAUGGUCCCGACUACCAUCGGAGGAAAAAUCGUGGGCUCCUUGUGCGCCAUUGCCGGCGUCUUGACCAUCGCCUUGCCGGUGCCCGUCAUCGUGUCCAACUUCAACUACUUCUACCACCGUGAGACGGAAGGAGAAGAGCAGGCGCAGUACCUCCAGGUCAACGCGCCCAAGAGCGAGUCGGGCGAGGAACUGAAGAAGAGUCGCAGCGGAUCCACCAUCAGCAAGUCGGACUACAUGGAGAUCCAGGAGGCGGUCAACAACAGCAACGAGGACUUCCGCCGGGAAAACCUCAAGACUGCCAACUGCACGCUGGCUAACACAAACUACGUCAACAUCACCAAGAUGCUCACAGACGUUUAG